CCGGGAAUGUCUCAGCCGUCCCCGCCGCCCACCGUCGUCAUCGACCCGACUGUGGCCCCGGACUCUGCGCGGGUGAAGUCGCCAACGGUGGCGUCGCGGACCCGCCUGCGGACCAUGGAGGGGGCGCCCGACGGCCGCCUCAGCUGGAUCAGCGUCUCCCACUACAACCUGGCGCGCCUCACCCUCACCGAGAGGCUGCACCUGGAACUGAGGGACCUCGGGGCGAUCGAGAUCCUGGUCGGCGUGAUCGAGAUGCUUUUUGGUGUCCCGCUGCUGUUCGCCGAGAGUUACUCCUACCCGGCGAUGAUCGGCAUCCCCUGGGUCGCCGGCAUCUGGUACGUCCUGGCCGGCUCGCUGGUGAUCCACCUGAUCCACUCCCGCACUCUCUUCCACAAGCGGCUGAUCCUGGUGACUCAGGUGUUGAGCAGUCUGGCAGCCAUGAUCUCCUGCAUCAUCCACAACCUGUCGCUCUUCUACCUACCCACCACUCCCUACCACUAUUUCAUGACCGCUCCGUUGCUGCUGUCACUGUUCCUGAUGCUGUUCUCGGUCCUACACUUCAUCAUCUCCUUGCUUAUCUGCUACCUGUACAUCAGCCUCUUGGAUCACAACAGCUGGUAACGGGGCUUCCACGGGUUCGGAGCGCGGCCGGGAGAUGGCGUCCGGUCCGUGAGAGCGCACGAAGACGAAUCGUGGGUGCAGACGGCAGGGGAACGGGGGAGCCACACUUCCCGUCGCAGUCGUGACCCUUCCCCCUUCACCCUGACCCCCACCCAGAGCACUCGGAG